ACUGGGAUAGAGAUUCUAAUUAAAACAAAAUGAAAAAGCAAACAAGUCAGAAUGUUGGUACGGAAGAGGUCAGUGCAAUGUGUUUCUUCUCUGUAUGUAUCCUCUGUCACAUGCAGAACAUGCUGCCUAUUACCCUAUCACAGGCGGGUCUGAGGAGGAGUCAGUUCCUGAUCUUUUCACUAUUUUAAAUCUCGCAUCGCUGAAACAUCACUUCAAGAUGUGGCACUUUUCUUUGAGGAGGAUCCCCUUCCUACUCUGUGCAUCCCUCAUCGCCGUCUUUGUAGCUGGGACUGGGGCCGCCGCUGCCAACGUGACCGGAGCUCGGGGACACUCGGUCUCCUUACCUGCUGGGAUCACAGCUGCACCGGAUGUUGACAGCAUUGAGUGGAGCCGGACAUCACCCAACACCAAGAUAGCCAAGUGCUCGGCUGAGACUAUUGAAUACUAUACCAUCAACUACACGGGACGGGUAACUCUUCACUGCGGGAACUUCAGUCUGGAAAUCCGUGAUUUACGGAGAGAUGACGCUGGUGAUUACCAGGUGGAUGUUAUUACACGUUCAGGAGGUGAAACUCGGGCAAGAGUUCGACUGGAGGUGUACGAGCCCGUGGAAGGAACACAGAUUAAGGCUCAGAACAUCACCGGGAUCUGCAACCUGACCUGCUCCGUUACCUCAGGCGACCCCACCAGCUUCAGGUGGUGGAGGGGACAAGAACCUCUGGGAAAUGACAGCACCCACCACGUCUCGCAACAUGGAGAGACGGUAGAGGUUCAUCACACAGCAGGGGUCGGGGACGUUGAGUACAGAUGUGAGGCCAGGAACCUGGUCAGUGAGGGCACGGCACAGAUCCUGCUGACAGACAACUGCAAACAGGCCACAUUUGAGCCCGUGACAGGAACACAGAUUAAGAUUCAGAACAUCACCGGGAUUUGCAAGCUGACCUGCUCCGUGACCUCUGGCGACCCCACCAGCUUCAGGUGGUGGAGGGGAGGAGAACCUCUGGGAAACGGCACCAUCCAUCGCCCCCGGCGACACGGAGAGACGAUAGAGGUUCAUCACACAGCAGGGGUCGGGGACGUUGAGUACAAGUGUGAGGCCAGCAACCUGGUCAGUGAGGGCACGGCCCAGAUCUGGCUGACGGACGACUGCAAACAGGCCACAUCGGGACGAAGGAGAUCAUGGAAUCAAAUUAUUAUUAUUAUUUCGGUUGUUGCAGCUUGUGUAGCUGUUUGCAUCAUUUUUCUGGUCUGCUUCAUCGUAAGGAGGAGAACAGGAGGAGGUCAAAACGCUCUAGUCACUGGAGGCCCAUCAAACAUGGAGACUAUCUAUGCACAACCCCAGCCAUCACAGAGACAUCCAGCCAACAGACAGCCUCGGGAGGAGAACGAGAUGCAGGCUCAGAACAAGGAGAGGCUGGAGAUUCCUGCCACCAUAUAUGACACAGUGAAAUCUCCUGUGAUGCCAGUUCCUGGACCAGCCAGACGAGGAGGGCACAGAAACCCCAGGGAGAGCAUGAUCCAAGAGUAUGAAACAGUGAAUUAUUCUGGGAUCCCACACUUUGCCUCAAUCAAGGGUAGAGGACGAGCCCAUGGAAAAUCCCACCCUUUAUAGGUCAGGUGUUGACCAUACUCCACCCUGGAUCCAAGGGCAUGUACUUAUCUCUGGACAGAUGUUCCCGUGGUGUUGGGAUGGAGAGGAUCCCACUAACCUCAGCCCAUCGGCAGCAGUGGGUGUGGAUAGGUGGGAGAGCUACAGUAAUAUGGGUGGAGGUGGGAUGGGUUGGAAAGGAUGGGUGGGGAGGGUAAGGAUGGGAUCUUGGGGUUCCAUGACACACAGUUGGGAAAAGUGAUCACCUGUGGUUAGUGAGUGUGCACAACUGUGGGACUGGACCAGGCUGAACUGUUCAGGGCUCUCGCUUAACCUUUUUUCUCUGUUGCCAGCCGGGCAACCUUGGCAGCUUUUUAGGUUGCCAAAUGGCAGUUUAGGUGGUCAUUUAAGAUGGCUUGCAUGACGCGUGCGAUAAAAUGCUCGGACGAAGCGCGUAGUUGCCAGUCGGAAUUAUACUCAAUGAAGCAUUCCCAUAUUAUUUCUGCUUCAAAUAAAGUCACAAACUAAACAUUCACCAAUCAAGACAUGAUAUAUCCCACAAUGACAUGCAGCAAAAUUAUAAGACCAUAUAACCAUAUAACAAUUACAGCACGGAAACAGGCCAUCUCGACCCUUCUAGUCCGUGCCGAACACGUAUUCUCCCCUAGUCCCAUAUACCUGCGCUCAGACCAUAACCCUCCAUACCUUUCCCGUCCAUAUAACUAUCCAAUUUAUUUUUAAAUGAUAAAAACGAACCUGCCUCCACCACCUUCACUGGAAGCUCAUUCCACACAGCCACCACUCUCUGAGAAGUUCCCCCUCAUGUUACCCCUAAACUUCUGUCUCUUAAUUCUCAAGUCAUGUCCCCUUGUUUGAAUCUUCCCUACUCUCAGUGGGAAAAGCUUAUCCACGUCAACUCUGUCUAUCCCUCUCAUCAUUUUAAAGA